UCGUCUCCAAACUCGUAUUUUUUGAAUAAGUUCAGAAUUCCUCAACAUGUCUUCUGAAACUUCUGCCAAAAAGCCUUCUGCGGCAACCUUGAAAAGCUCCGAGUCAAAAGCUGAUAACAUGCCAGAUGACUUGAAGCAGAGCCGGUACCAAAUGAAGAGGUGCUUUGCCAAAUACAUUGAGAAGGGAAGAAGGAUAAUGAAACUUCACCAUUUAAUGGAGGAAAUGGACAAAGUCAUCGAUGACAAGAACGAAAGAAACCAGGUCUUGGAGGGUUUGCUUGGCUACAUUCUCUGUUCCACACAGGAAGCUGUUGUCAUCCCACCGCAUGUUGCCUUUGCCAUAAGACCAAAUCCUGGAUUUUGGGAGUUUGUCAAAGUCAGCUCUGAUGAUUUAUCGGUUGAGGCCAUCACCCCUUCAGACUACUUGAAGUAUAAAGAAAUGAUAACAGAUGAAAAAUGGGCAAAGGAUGAAAAUGCUCUGGAAGUGGAUUUUGCAGCAUUUGACUUCUCUAUUCCUCACUUAACCCUAUCUUCUUCAAUUGGAAAUGGACUCAAUUUUGUUGCAAAGUUUGUAACUUCAAAGCUUAGUGGAAGAAUGGAGAAUGCACAGCCUCUUGUGGAUUACUUUCUAUCACUAAAACAUCUAGGAGAAAACCUUAUGAUAAGUGACACCCUCAAUACUGCCCCGAAGCUUCAGGCGGCACUAAUAGUGGCUGAAGUGUACGUCUCAGCACUCCCCAAGGACACUCCAUAUCAGAAUUUUGAGCUAAGGUUUAAAGAGUGGGGCUUCGAGAAAGGGUGGGGAAAUACUGCACAAAGAGUAAAGGAAACAAUGAGAGCAGUCUCAGAAGUACUGCAAGCACCUGAUCCAGUGCAUAUAGAGAAAUUAUUUAGCAGACUUCCUGCAAUAUUCAAUGUUGUGAUUUUCUCUCCUCAUGGCUACUUCGGCCAAGCAGAUGUCCUGGGCUUGCCUGACACUGGCGGGCAGGUAGUUUACAUUCUGGAUCAAGUGAGAGCUCUGGAAGAAGAAUUGCUGGCUAGAAUUAAGCUGCAUGGGCUGAAUGUGAAGCCUCAAAUUCUUGUGGUAACACGGCUCAUACCUGAUGCCCGGGGAACCAAGUGUAACCAGGAGAUUGAACCAAUCAUUGGCACUAAGCAUUCCAACAUUCUUCGGGUGCCUUUUCAGACAAAGAAUGGAGUCCUCCGCCAGUGGGUUUCUCGUUUCGACAUUUAUCCCUAUCUUGAGAGGUUCACUCAGGAUGCUACAGCAAAGAUCCUAGACAUCAUGGAAGGGAAGCCAGAUCUUAUAAUAGGAAAUUACACUGAUGGGAAUCUGGUGGCGUCUCUCAUGGCUAGUAAACUUGGGAUAACUCAGGGAACUAUUGCGCACGCUUUAGAGAAGACUAAGUAUGAAGAUUCUGACAUCAAAUGGAAGGAGUUGGACCCCAAGUAUCAUUUCUCAUGCCAGUUCAUUGCUGAUACAAUUGCAAUGAAUGCAACGGAUUUCGUCAUCGCUAGCACAUACCAGGAGAUUGCCGGAAGCAAAGACAGACCAGGACAGUAUGAAAGCCAUGCUGCAUUCACACUCCCGGGCCUUUGCAGAGUUGUUUCAGGCAUCAACGUGUUUGAUCCCAAAUUCAACAUUGCUGCCCCAGGGGCAGACCAAUCCGUCUAUUUCCCUUACUCUGAGAAAGAAAGGAGACUCACAUCAUUUCAUCCCGCCAUUGAAGAAUUACUCUACGGUAAAGAGGAUAACAAUGAACACAUUGGAUAUCUAGCAGACAGGAAGAAACCAAUAAUCUUCUCAAUGGCAAGGCUGGAUGUUGUGAAGAACAUUACCGGAUUAACUGAAUGGUAUGGGAAGAACAAGAGGCUGAGGAGUUUGGUUAACCUUGUUCUGGUUGGGGGCUUCUUUGAUCCUUCCAAAUCAAAGGAUAGAGAAGAAAUGUCUGAAAUCAAAAAGAUGCAUGCAUUGAUUGAAAAAUACCAACUUAAGGGUCAGAUAAGAUGGAUUGCUGCACAAGCUGAUAGGCAUCGAAAUGGAGAAUUAUACAGAUGCAUUGCUGACACAAAGGGAGCUUUUGUGCAGCCUGCUCUGUAUGAAGCAUUUGGCCUAACAGUCAUUGAAGCAAUGAACUGUGGACUUCCGACCUUUGCAACCAAUCAAGGAGGCCCUGCAGAAAUCAUUGUUGAUGGGGUCUCAGGUUUCCAUAUUGAUCCCAGCUAUGGGGACGAUUCAAGCAACAAAAUUGCAGAUUUCUUUGAAAAGUGCAAGGUGGAUGCCACUUACUGGAGCAAGUUUUCAGUGGGAGGUCUGCAACGGAUAAAUGAAUGCUACACCUGGAAGAUAUAUGCAACAAAGGUGUUGAACAUGGCGUGCAUUUAUAAUUUCUGGAGACAGUUGAACAAGGAGCAGAAACAUGCAAAACAAAGAUACAUCCAAAUGUUCUAUAAUCUCCAAUUCAAGAACUUGGCAAAGAAUGUGGCUAUCCCAAUUGAAGAAGCUCCAAAACCAGCUACGAAGCCAGAUAUCAAACCACAGCCCUCAAAAAGGUAAUGAAGCGUCUGGAGCUCCUUAAUCCCCAAACUAAUCUCUCGCACGACACGUACACAGUCCCGACUGCAAAGGUUGUUUGGAGCUUAAGGAUCUAACAAUGGUGUUCGUGUUAUGUCUCGGGCGCGCAUAUCAGCAUAUGUAUGAAUAAGAAUGUAUUAUUGGGCCUUUUGUUGUUUGUAACCCUUCCUUUUUUUUAAUGCGGAUUAAUGUAUUUACAAAAUAAAUAAAUCUAUUG